GGUGCCCGCCUAGAUCCGCUGCGCUGGGGAGGCGGCGAAGAGGGGCGCGCGUCCAGCCAAGGGGCUCUGCGCCCUCCGACCAGGCGAGAGAGACGGAGAGAGCCGAGCGGGCGGCGGAUCUUGCGGCUGCAGCUGCUGUGCAGGCUGGCUGGCGGGUAUAUGCCUGCGCUUGGCCAUGUCGUAUCCUCAAAGCUACUUAUACCAGCCCUCGGCGUCUUUGGCUCUCUACUCCUGCCCGGCGUACAGCACCAGCGUCAUCUCCGGACCCAGGACGGAUGAGCUGGGCCGCUCGUCGUCCGGCUCGGCUUUUUCCCCUUACGCCGGCUCCACCGCCUUCAGCGCGCCUUCGCCCGGCUACAACUCCCACCUCCAGUACGGCACGGAUCCAGCCGCCGCGGCCGCGGCCGCCUUCUCCUCUUACGUGGGCUCGCCCUACGACCACACGCCCGGCAUGGCAGGCUCCUUGGGCUACCACCCUUACGCGGCUCCCCUGGGAUCCUACCCCUACGGCGAUCCGGCGUACCGAAAGAACGCCACCCGGGACGCCACGGCCACCCUCAAGGCCUGGCUGAACGAGCACCGGAAGAACCCGUACCCCACCAAGGGCGAGAAGAUCAUGCUGGCCAUCAUCACGAAGAUGACCCUCACCCAGGUGUCCACCUGGUUCGCCAACGCCCGGCGGCGCCUCAAAAAGGAGAAUAAAAUGACCUGGACGCCCCGGAACCGGAGCGAAGACGAAGAGGAGGAGGAGAACAUCGACCUGGAGAAGAACGACGAGGACGACCCCCAGAAGCUGGAGGAGAAGGGCGACCCGGAGGCCACGGAGACAGGUGCAGGAGGCGUGGAGCAGAAAGGAUCGGCCCCGGGCAAAGACUCCGACGGCGCCCUGAGCGACUCAGACUGCAAAGACGCGACGGAGGACGCGCCGUCCAAGGGAGCGCCGGGGUGCUCGCCGCCUUUGGCCCACUGCGUGCCGGGCCGCCUUCUUCUGCAGGCGACUCACGAGGAGCCCUCCCCGGCCCACCCGCCGCCCCUCCAGUACAGACCCCCCUCGGCGGAGCUGCACCCCCUCCACCCCUCCAACAACGGCAGGUCGGUCAUCCACUCGCCCCAGCCGCCCCCGCAGGCGGCGGCCCUCUCCAAGCCCAAACUCUGGUCCCUGGCGGAGAUCGCCACCUCAGCGGACAAAGCCAAGGAGGGCGGCGGCCAAGGGAACGGAGAGGCACCCCUGCCCGGCCCUCCGAGCUUAGGGGCGGCCGGCUCGGCUCAGCAGUCCCCGCCGUCGAGGUCGCCGUCGGCUGCCCAGUGCCCUUUCCCCAACAGCACCGCCGUCCUCUCCCGGCAGCUUUACUACACGAAUCCUUUUUACCCGGGUUAUACGAACUACGGCUCUUUCGGACACCUCCACAACGCGGGCGCGGCGGGCAACGCCAGCCCGCAUUUUAACGGAUUAAACCAGACUCUUUUGAACCGUGCGGAAGCUUUGGCGAAAGAGACGAAGCUCCUCCGAAGCCAAUCGCAGCUCGAGCUUUGCAAAGACUCCUCUUACGAGCUGAAGAAAGGUGGAUCACCAGUUUCCUGACACAUUGAGCGCCGAAGGGGAAUCGCAACGUCAUCUAUGGCCAGCUUCGGGAGGAUCCACUGUGCUCGUAAAACUGAAAGACUGCUCUCCAUAGCAUCUUUGAUCUGGAAAGGAAGAGGUGACAUGCCACAGUGGUAAGUAUUUUAAUCCUGGUCUUCAAAACAUGGAAGAUCAGCUGAGAAUGAAGAUGGUGCAUUUGUUUCUAUGGAUUAAUUUCAAAAGAGCUUCUCUGACACAGGAUAAAAAGAAAUGCUCACAAUCCUCUGUGAGGUUAUAUUUUCCAAAACAAGCAAAAAACAGAACAAAGAACACCCCACCCCCUUUCUGACAAGAAUAUAUGUUGUUGACUUGGUCUCCUACUUAAUGUCGAAAAGAGAAGAAAACUGGUACUGAAACUUUUGAAAGCUGAUCUUCAUCUACAGUUUUUUUACAGCAAAUCUCAGUGGCGAACACAAGCAAGGCUAGAGAACUGGAGUUACGUUUACUGGUGGUAGAGAAAUGCCACCCUAAGAAAUGAACAAUAACGGUUAAAAAUAAAUAAAUAAAUUACUUUGGUUUGGUCAGUA